AUGGUUCGUCUGUUAUGGACACGUCUGCAUUUCACCACCUUUAACCGGCCUCAAAUGGUUCCGAUUACCACUUUCAGAUUACGUUUUUUCGUUCCUAUUCAGAUUGUCUCACACAAGUUGGAGUUUGACAAAACGGCCAAGUCAAAAAUUGGCUCUCUUAAGAACGCCCAACAUCGAGCUGGGGGUGGAGAUGUCCAAAUCUUUCGGGAGCAACUACCUUGGUUAAAAUACAACAAGCCGAAUCUUCCACCAGAGGAGCGUGCAAGAAUCAAUAAGCAGAGGUCGCUCAGUCAUAGCGAGAUGUCCAACUCCAUCAAUUCUAGCAGCACAUGAUACUGACUUGUCACCGCCAUAUGGUUCGUCUGUUAUGGACACGUCUGCAUUUCACCACCUUUAACCGGCCUCAAAUGGUUCCGAUUACCACUUUCACCGAACCGUUGUAACUUUCUCAUCUGAUACAGGUACAUCUGUCCCGCACAUGUUGAACCUGAUUCUGUCAUUCCUGCGUUGAGUCGUAUGCUUUCACACUUUAGGUGCAAAUGUGCCCGUCUCUUACCAGCUAUACCUCUUGUGUACUUUAUUGCUAUCAACUUUUCCUCUAAUCAUUGUCUUUUGACUUCGAGACUGAUGCUGUAUUUUCCCCGUUAACUAUACCCCCGACUUACUGCAAGGUUUUCUAAUAUGCCUUAUCACAGUUCAACAAUAUUCUUCCAAUCGCAUGUACAGUUCAUCACCUCAUAUAUCACCAUUCGUCAGUAAGCUACUUCAUUGCUUACCACUUAUCACUGGUUUGCGGACGUACUUGUCAUACAUGCAAUCACCAGCUUUGAACAUCUCUGUCGCACUGUCUAACUUCAUUUCCUAGUUUGUCUUAGAUAAAAGCAAACUUGAGCUUUGUGUGUUGCUCACUUACUCGGAGUUAUUUGGCAAUUUUAUUCCAAUCGGCCUUUUUCGAUGCCUCGGAUCUCAUGCCGACUAGGUUGCCAGAGUCAGUCACUUGUUAGUACCAACUGUGAUGUCAUCCAAAAGCAUCAAAUAACAACCAAUGCAAAUGCUUCUUAUCCAGU